CGGCUGGUGCUGCUCAUGGUGCUGCUGCCCGGCGAGGGGCGGAGGAGCCGCAGCGGCAGGAGGCGGAGGGGAGGCGGCCGGCCCAGCGCUCCGGCCCCGCGGCUCCCCCGGGAGCGCCCGCGGCUGCUGCUGCUGCUGCCGCCGCCGCCGCCGAGCGCCGAGCCCGCGGCCCCCGCCUGGAUGGAGGGUCUCCCCAGAGGAGGGCUGACCAUGAAAGAAGAGCCCUUGAGCAGCGGCCUGACAGCGGUGAGGUCCUGGAUGCAAAGCACCGGGAUCCUGGAUGCCAACACGGCAGCCCAGAGCGGGGUGGGCCUGGCCCGCGCCCAUUUCGAGAAGCAGCCGCCCUCCAACCUGCGGAAAUCCAACUUCUUCCACUUCGUGCUGGCCAUGUACGACCGGCAGGGGCAGCCCGUGGAGAUCGAGCGCACGUCCUUCAUCGACUUCGUGGAGAAGGACAGGGAGCAGAACGGUGAGAAAACGAACAACGGCAUCCACUACCGCCUGCAGCUGCUGUACAGCAACGGGCUGCGGACGGAGCAGGAUCUCUACGUGCGGCUCAUCGACUCCAUGUCCAAGCAGGCCAUCAUCUACGAGGGGCAGGACAAGAACCCUGAGAUGUGCCGUGUGCUGCUGACCCACGAGAUCAUGUGCAGCCGCUGCUGUGACAAGAAGAGCUGCGGGAACCGCAACGAGACGCCCUCCGACCCCGUCAUCAUCGACAGGUUUUUCCUCAAGUUCUUCCUCAAGUGCAACCAGAACUGCCUGAAGAAUGCGGGGAACCCCCGGGACAUGCGCCGCUUCCAGGUGGUGGUGUCAACGACGGUGAACGUCGACGGGCACGUCCUGGCGGUGUCCGAUAACAUGUUCGUCCACAACAACUCGAAGCACGGGCGCCGGGCGCGACGGCUGGACCCCUCCGAAGCAGCCACCCCCUGCAUCAAGGCCGUCAGCCCCAGCGAAGGGUGGACGACAGGCGGCGCCACCGUCAUCGUCAUCGGCGACAACUUCUUUGACGGGCUGCAGGUCGUCUUCGGCACCAUGCUGGUGUGGAGCGAGCUGAUCACCCCUCACGCCAUCCGGGUGCAGACGCCGCCCCGCCACAUCCCCGGCGUGGUGGAGGUGACGCUUUCCUACAAGUCGAAGCAGUUCUGCAAGGGAGCGCCCGGCCGCUUCGUCUACACAGCACUGAACGAGCCGACCAUCGACUACGGGUUCCAGCGGCUGCAGAAGGUGAUCCCCCGGCACCCCGGAGACCCUGAGCGUUUACCCAAGGAAGUCCUGCUGAAGAGGGCGGCAGACCUGGUGGAGGCCCUGUACGGGAUGCCGCACAAUAACCAGGACGUCAUCCUGAAGCGAGCGGCAGACAUCGCCGAGGCCCUGUACAGCGUCCCGCGCACCCCCAGCCAGCUGGCGUCGCUGGCCGGCAACCACGGCCACGCGGGCAUGCUGGGCAGCAGCUCCUUCGGCAGCCAGCUGGCCAUCAACAUCAGCGACCCGGCCCCGGGCCCCGAGCAAGGCUACGCCCGCAACACGAGCAGCGUCUCGCCGCGGAGCUACGUGCCCAGCUCCACCCCGCAGCAGAGCGGCUACAACACCAUCACGUCCAGCAUGAACGGCUACGGGGGGGCGGCCAUGACCGGCCUCGGGGUGCCCGGCUCCCCCAGCUUCCUCAACGGCUCCACCGCCAACUCCCCCUACGCCAUCAUGCCCUCCAGCCCCCCGCUGGGCGCCUCCUCCAUCACCCUCCCGUCCGGCGCCAGCUCCUCCACCCCCGCCGGCGUCUUCUCCUUCUCCCCGGUCAACAUGAUCUCCGCCGUGAAGCAGAAGAGCGCCUUCGCCCCCGUGGUGCGGCCGCCCACCUCCCCCACCCCCACCUGCACCAGCACCAACGGGAGCAGCCUGCAGGACCAGUCUUUCGAGGACUCCGACAAGUUUCACCCCCCUGCUCGGUCGCUCCAAGGACUGGCCUAUUCCUAAACACACUCUGUCGGGUCUCAUUGUGCCACCCAUGUGAGCCGGGACUGGAGCAGGACCCCGGAGGGAGCAGACCACGCACGGGGACCCAACCUCACCAUUGACUCUGGGGCCCCCAGGGGCUGCGAGGGGGCUCGUGCCCACAGCCCCCCCGCUCCAAAGGACGCCGCUGCGGUGGCGGCUCGGUGGGAAGGCAGGCUGCGGCCGGAGGGGAAGCCGUGCCCUCUAGCCGGGGCAGUUCUGCCAAGCUCCCCCCAGGGCCUGGCUGCACGGACCGCAGGCUGGGUCCCUCCACGGGGUCUGGCUGCGGGCAGGGGGUCUCUGACUGCACCUUGCCCUCCUUCCUGCGGGGGGCUCCCCCCGGCUGCCCCAGCCUGGCACAGGAAUGCCGCUCCCAGCCGCCCCAGGUGGAGAGCUCCCGGUAACACCCCGCUCAGCGGCGUGAGGCUAGAUGAGGGGCACUGCCGUGGGGGGAAGGGCCCCUGCUGGGGACCUCUCCCCCAUGGCUCUGCUCUGGGGCUUGAGACAGGAGCCCAGAGAGGGCAGCAGCCCGAGCACAGGUUCUGGGGCCAGGACUCUUGGGUUCUGAUCCCGGCUCCGCCCGACUCCCGCUGUAGCCUUGGCGACCUGCUGCCCCUCUUCGGCCCUGUCUGGAAAGGGGGCGGGCAGGGGGCUGGGCCGGAUUCUGGGCCCUGGAGCGCUGGCACCACCAGGGCUGACCAGAGCCUGGCCCAGCUCGGGGGGGCCCUGGGGUGACGGCUCCCUGCAGGCGCUGGCGACGUGUCCUGCGCCCCCCAGCGUCUGAACUAGCUGCCCAGGGUCCAGGGAAGCCCAGAGACCUGGGGGUGGGAAGUGACCAUUCCCACAGUAACCAAACUUUGUUAUUUUAACGUCAAAACCCCAAAGCCCAGCUCAGGGCCGGGCUGGAGUUUGGGGGCAGAGGCUCAGGGCUACUCGUGCCUUUCGCCCCGGCCGGGCCCCGUCUCCUACAUGCUGGGCAAGCCCUGGGCAGAGUCGCUCCCGGCUCGCCCGCUCGGUUCCCCCCUGCCUGGCCCCGCAGCUCCGGAAGAGUCUCUCUUCCCAGCUCGGCUCGUGGGCUGGACGCUCAGCACCGGGACGUUCCCAGAUGUUCCCAGCCAGCUGUGGAGCCACCCACCCCCAGACCCCCCACAGGCCGCUGGGCCCACGGCAGCCGGCACCGGACGCUGGAGUCCCCAGUGCGGAACAGCCUCAUUAGCCCAGGCCUCUGCGCUGGGCGGGGUCGUUUGGGGUGGAGCUCGGCCAGGCCUGGCCGGACCAAGCAGAGGAGGAACCGGAGCCCAGGCCAGCUGCUGCUUUGCUCUCCCAGGGCCGCCUCUAACGCCCACCGGCGUCCCUGGGCCCCCUGGGCCGGGGUCCGGCCUCUGCCCUUCCCCUGGCCCGGGGCAGGAAUUAACGAAGCGUGAGAGGCCCAGGCCGGCUCCAGCGAAAGGCAGCACCCGAGGCCGCGCGCACGGCCCUGCCGCGCUGGGAGAAACGCGGGGUAAAAACCCAGCGCUGGCCUGGUCCUUUCGGCUCCGGUUUCACCCCGCGGAGCCAGGCCCCUGGGCGCAGACGCCGAGCCGGAGCUGCCGGCUUUGAGAUGUACUAAAUCCCCCCCAGCCCCAGCCCCACGCCCGGGGGCAGGAUGGGUUUAGGGCUCGUUCGCCCCGGGCGGCAGCGCGGGGCCCUCACUGUGUAAAUAAGGAAAGGGGAAGGCCCUGGCGCCGGCUGGGCCCCCGGCUUCUCCGCGUGGCUCGUUGCCGGGCGGGCGCCUCCCCCACGCUGAGGUUUUCACUCUGUCCGUCGUGUGUCUGUGAAGCCUGUACAGUAGCCCUGGCGCUACCUUCAUGCACUGUGUACCUGUAAGCACAUGUAAAGGGAAUAUUAGCCUCCUUACCCCCCGCUAGGCGCUGGAGCCUGGAAUAUACUGCCUGACGCUG